AUGCAAUUCUCACUUCUCACCCUCUUGACCAUCUGUGCCCAUGUCACUGCUCUGCCCGAAUUUCUUGGGCACGACGGUAAAUGCGAUCAGGCAGCUUGCGAGCGCAGCGCGCAUGAGUCGGGUUGGCCAAACCACACCUAUACAUCCUGGUGCACCUCAACCGCCACGGCGACUGUCACUACCACGGACGUCGUCACCAAUACCGACACCAUCACGGCGACUGUCACUACCACGGAUGGCGUCACCACUACAGACACCAUCACCGACACGGAUUUUGUUACCUCUACGAGUACCGUGACCACUACUGACACCAUCAGUGUCACUACUACCUGCACUCAGACAGCUACCACGACCGGAAAUUGGGGCCCCCACGGCACUGGAAAGUGGUGA